AUGGGAUCUCAUCCCUUGAGCAUCCCAAAUAACGGGCCGGCCUCCAACGUGGGCCAGGUGGAGGUACAGACCCAGAACAACCAGUUUGCUUCUGGAGCGAAAGAUGUCCGCGUCGAUGAGCGCAAGCAGGUCUUCUACACAUACCACAUUACUUUAAAUGACAGCCCUCGUCCUGACGAGUCACGGUGGCCUGAGUACUGGCGGGAUGGUGCAAGAUUCGCUCAACGUUCCAACUACUCGAACUCCCCGAACGACUCUCGGUGGAGCGUACUCCUGGCAGACUUUGCCUCGGCCCAGGAGGAUGCGAGACUGAAUGCGGAAAUACAACAGCGAUGGCAGCAGACCUGGCCGAGCGUUAGGAAACUCGAAGAGGCCGUGGUCGCAUUUCGGUCAUCCAAGCGUCACAAGGGCGGCAAAGAGAGCGAUGAUUCCGACAUUGCAGAUGAGCCUCACCCGCCCGAUAUCGUCACUGAAGACGCCGUCCAUGCCGAGCUUGAAGCGUCCAUAUGCUUCUACAAGCGGGGCUCAAGAAAGCAAUCCCCCGUCUUGGGUAGUCUCCGGGCUAUCAGCACCAAUACAACGAGAGACCAAGACAGACCGGAUGACGACGUGGUGGAGACGGUGGCAACCAUCGUUCGCGCCUUCACAGGCGGCUUAGACGACUAUUUCUCAGCGAUGCGGGCCAACCGACUGACGAGAGCGAUGGAAACGGAUACGAUCGAGAUCUUUGAGAGCUUAGCGGCCAUUUUCGUUCAACUUCUGGAGUUUGGACGGAGGAGGCUUAGGUGUUCCAUCCCUGCCGAGACGCUUCUCGGCUAUCUAGGCUACGAGGAUGCCGGACAAUCGACGCGCGAGAUAGACAGCUGCCUCCGGUUGGCGAGGCCGAACGCGCGAGGCAUGCGCACCCUGGCCGCCUUCACGAAGCGCAGGGAGUACCAGAAGUGGCUAAAGACCGAGUCGGAACACUCGGCGUUGCUAGUGCGGCCCAGUUCCACAUGGGCGCUGGAGCAGACGCUGCGUCGCCGUUCCUUCUCACCCCUGUCGUUCCUCUACGCCCGCCUCGCCCGCGAGUACGCCGGCCAGAGCCGCGUCGUUGUCCUUUCGUACUUUUGCGGCCUCCACGCUCCCGGUGGGGAUGCUGCCCCUGGCGCCACUGUCACACGAGCGGCCGGCGGGACCGCCCAUCUCCUGUCCCAGCUCAUCGGCCAGCUGCUGUCGCACCCUACUGUGGCGCGCAUCUACGCAGAGGAGCCGGUCCUGUUCGACAGGCACUGGACGAAGGGCAUCAAGGCGUGGAGCGUCAAGAAGCUAAUCAAGGUCUUUUCGGCGCUGGUGGGACGGCUGCGACCGCACAAGCUUGUGAUCUUCUGCUUCAUCGACGCCAUCACCAGGCUGGAGACGCGCGGGCCCGGCCGGGAGCUGCACUUACAGGAGGACGCCGAGAGCCUGUUCGCAGAGCUGAGAGAUCUCGUCCAGGAGCAAAAGAAGGGGCGCAAGAGGAUGAAGGGCGACUAUAUGGUAUUCAAGCUGCUGGUGUCGGCCGGUGCGAGGCGCGUGGCUGCGCAGAGCUUUUUCGACACAGGCGAAGUCAUCGACUUGGGUUAA